UUCCUGUGCACAUUAGCUGCAAGCAUGGCGCGGAAGGGAUGUCUGCUCUUGUUUUUGAUUAUUGGAGUAACAUUAGAUCGAUCUUCAGGACAGCCGGGACACAGACAUUCAAAGUCAAGGAGCACCAGCCUGAGAGAUGUAGGAGAUGACGACCUAAAAGCACAAAUCAACAAACUGUGGCAAGAAGUCAACUCACUGAAAGAAAUGCAGGCAUUGCAGACAGUCUGUCUUCGUGGAACCAAAGUUCACAGAAAAUGCUACCUUGCUAUUGAUGUUCCAAAGCACUUUCAUGAAGCAAACGAAGACUGCAUUGCCCAAGGAGGAACACUUGUCACCCCAAGAGAUGCUGAUGAGAAUACCAGCGUGCGUGACUAUGCCAAGAAAAGUCUUCCUGGGGCAAAGGACUUUUGGAUCGGAAUCACGGACAUGGUGAAGGAAGGCCAUUACGUCGAUGUAAAUGGGAUGGCUAUUAAUUAUUUUAACUGGGAUCGUUCCAAGAGUCAACCCACUGGGGUAAAAAGAGAAAGCUGUGUCAUGAUGUCACAGGCGUCCCAGGGGAAAUGGCAUGAUGAUGUUUGUCGUAACUUGAAAAAAUACAUAUGUGAAUAUAUCAUUCCCUAAAUUCUCAUUUGAAAGCAAUACAUAAAUUACAAAGUGGCAUAUGCUAAUCAUAAAUUGUCUUCAAUUAAAAAGAAAGUAACAUUGUUACAUUUCCAUGUUAUUCAUAAGUAACUUCACAAAAUAAUAACUGAUAUUAAAUAUUAAUACAAUGAAUAGUCAUGAAACCAAGACCUCAAAACUAUAACAUUUUCCGUCUGUCUUUGCAGAAAUUAGCUUCACAGUAAAUGCUGGCUUGCUAUUAAUGUGCUGUUGUUUCCAUGUUCUACACUGACCCAAGCAGAUGCAAUCUGAAAAGUAUGACCUCCAAGGUGCCUGUCUAUUAAUGUAUUCUCUACGGACCACUUUAAUUGGACUGAUUAGUUAACGAUUACUGCACAGGAUUUUUGCAAGAACUGUUGUUGUUAAGUACUGGUGUGGUCUAUGAUUAAAUUAACAGCAAUAUUCAUUUUUA